AUGGCCCUCGAAUUCCCCAAACUCGACUCGUUCGGCAUCUCCGCCCAAUGGGGCUUCCUCUCUGAUGAAGCUCCCUUGACGUCCUUCCCCAACAGCUUCUACGCGCCCUGGGACGACCUCAUCCGAGACCUGCCCAGCCUCAUCACAUCCCGCUCUCUCACCACACGAGUCAACGCCCUGCCGCGAUUGACCACCUCAGAGCUCUCCUCCGACGUGGAGCUUCGUCGCACCUAUGUAGUGCUGGGCUUCAUCAUCCACGCACACGUCUGGGGCAGCAGCGGUCCAGCCUCAGCGCCGGCCUCAGCGCCCGUCGCCCAGAUCCCUCCCCAGCUUUCCGAGCCGUUCCUCGAGGUAUGCGAUAAGCUAGGGAUGGAGCCCGUUCUCAGCUACGCCGGGCUGUGUCUGUGGAACUGGUCCAGCGACGGGGGCACGUUCCCAAUCGCCGACGGGGACGGUUUCUUCCCUCUGGAGCAGCUGCGCUCCGUAGCCUCUUUCAUGCGCACGCGGGGCGAGGAUGCAUUCUACCAUGUCCCUGUACUCGUCGAGGCCGAGGGCGGGCCGCUGGUCAGGAUCCUCCUCGAUGCCGUGGGCGAGGCCCGGAGAUCGAACAGUGCAUCCGUCCAGGCUGCGCUGUCCGCCAGUGCAGCCAUCAUCACUAGGAUGGUCAAACACCUUCCUAAGCUGUACGCGACGCUUGAUGCGGGUGAGUUCUUCCACGAGCUGCGGCCUUAUCUCGCUGGCGGCAAGGGCAUGGAAGCAAAGGGUCUGAGCGAUGGGUUCGUAUUCCAGCGUGGCGAUGGGUCGCAGCUCGCGUCGAAACAUAUUGGCGGGAGCGCGGCGCAGAGCAGCCUGUUCCAGUUCCUUGACCUUGUGCUCGGGGUGGAACAUGAAGCUCCAGAGAAGGCAUCGGAGACGGUGUUCCAGGAAAUGCGAGCUUACAUGCCGCGCAAACAUCGCGAGUUUCUCGAGGCGGUCUCCCAGCUACCUACACUCCGGUCUUUCGUGGGGGCAAGAUUAUCUGAUACAGAACUCUGCAAGGCUUUUGACGAAUGCACAAAGCAGCUCAGGCUGUGGAGGAGUACGCAUAUUGCCAUUGUGUCGAAAUACGUAGUGCGGCCGGCGAGAGAAGCAGCUAGGGGGAGUGAGAGCAGCACUGCGCAGAGGACCGAAGGGGCAGAUUUCGAAGCUACGGAAGGGGAUGAACAGCUGAAGGGGACAGGCGGAUCAGCCCUCAUCCCAUUCCUCAAGCAGUCGAGAGAUGAAACUAUUGGCGUGACCAGACCGUGA